AUGUCGCAAUCAAAAAGACCGGAACUUGAUCCUUCCAAACAGAAUAGUAGUAGGGUGCCUUUUGCGGAAGACAAUGACCAAUCGCGUUUCACUUUCGUUCUCGAUAAGAAUCAGCCUGGAACUCGCAGUCAUGCUAUGCGAGCCCAUUGGCAGGAAAGACGGAAGCGUAUGCAGGACGAGCGCAAAGCGAACGACGGAAAAGGAAGAACGCGACCAUUACGAUCCAAGUCCGACAGUGCCGCUGAUUUACUAGCAUCGCCCUUAAGCACUACUACUGCUAGUGACACUGAAAGCCCAAUCGUAGUCACAGCUGCACCGCCGCCGCAGACAAGUGUUCGAGACCCAAGUUUCUACCCCUUUUCCGAUGCCGGUUUUCCUAGUCCAUCCCAUGAUUACGAGCAGCAACAGCCACAACAGCAGUAUGGCCUGUCAGAGAAGCAGCAAGCUGCGUCUCCUCCAUCUAAUGUAUCACAAGGUAUACAAGCACAGAUUGUGAACGGGGUGAAUUAUGCUUUCACCUCAUCGAAAUUGGACCCUUUUGACACAUUCCCUGUGGUCCUCACCACUGAGCACCACAUGCUCAUCCAUCACUGGCUGACUACACAUGCUACAAUGAUGUUCGACCAGAUGACAGCAUCAGAUUUCAACCCAAUGAGGGACGUCUGGUUCCCACUUGAUUUCUCCAAUGCUGCUUCCUUUAAUAUAAUCAUGGCCCACUCUGCUGCACAUCUAGCCUACUGUUACGACGGCACAGCGCCAAUUCGUGGGACUAAUUCCUUCAAGGCUUUAGAGUACAAGGCACAUGCUGUGGAGAUACUGACUCAAUGGAUGAGCAGCCCAGAGCAGGCCUUGAGUAAUGAUGCUUUUGCGGCUGUUGUAAGGCUUCUCACAUUCGAAAGAUACUGGGGCACCCAAGACCAAUGGCAGAUCCACAGAGACGGGCUGGAACGGAUGAUUCAAGCGAGAGGAGGCCUCCACGAACUUCACAAUGACUGGAGAUUAGAACUGGUCGUUGGGCUGGUCUCGCUCAUGUCUCAACCGUCCUGGUUCUCACCUACGAACAACAUAUCCGGUAUUUCCAGUGCUGUUCUAGGAAUACGCAUUGCUAUCGAACGGAUGAGGUCUUUAUGGCUGAUCUCCUUCAUCCAGGACAUGCGCAACUUAAUGAGCAUGUCAUUGCAACUUUAUCAAGGCGGCCUUUUGAUGUUUCCUGCUAUACACACCGCAGUCUUGCUCAUACAGUCCAAUUACGAGUCGGCCAUAAAUGGCUACUCUGACGCAGAAGACAGUGACAGACUCGCAGCCCUAUUCUGUAUAAGCAUAAUUGUACAGGAAUCCGCAUCUUCCAGCUUUGCGCAUUCGUCCACGUCCGCCACCGAGAACAACAACGCACUAUCACUAUUGGACCUGUCCCUCUUUGGGGCUCCUAAUACGUGGAAGACGUCUAUGCGCAACUUACGAUCUUUCCUACACCAAUAUUUUCUUCAGUCUUAUGUUUCUGGUUCCGAAAAAAUUAACUAUGUCAUGCAAAUGACAGACAUUGUUAGUAAUCUGAGUUUGGAGUCUCGUCAAGGUAUUGAGAGAUGUCUGCUUAACAUGUUCUGUCGGUCAAGUGAUGGAAAGUUCAUAUUUCGGCCGGACGAAGGUGCAACGCCGGAUUCUUUACUCUCUUCUGUACGGGGGCUAUGA